ACACCGGAAGUGCUCUUCCAAAACGCCGCAAGCGAUAAUUCCUCGUAGCGUUAGUUGUCAUAUUUGUAUGUUUUACAUUUACGUAGUGUAGAGUUCAGUGAUGUUUUAAAUUUGACCGUGUCUGUCUGAGCCGGAUGCGGAUGUUGGAGGAUGUUGGUCGGCUACAGCAGCAGCUCCGAGGAGGAAAAUGAAGCAGAGAAACUCCAUCGAAGACAAAAGCGUCAACAGGACGCGGAGGCUGAAGAUGGUUUGGCGAUUAAGAAACUCAAAACCGAGGAAAGGCUUUAUAAACCGAGGUUGCCCAUCCCCGGCUGCCUAUUGAACAUGUUUCCAGAGGACGUGGACCCAGAGACUGAGGACAGCUCUCUGCACGGAGGACGCGUCCGCUCUUUCAAACACGAGAGAGGAAACUGGGCCACCUACGUUUAUUUGCCAUACAGUCCAGAUGAAGACUUCAGGGAGCUGCUGGAGCAGCUGCUGUCCACAGCAAAGGCCUGCGGUGUGGAUUUGACCCCGCAGGAGGAGUUUCACCUCAGCCUGUCGCAGACGGUGGUCUUGAGGCACCACUGGAUCCAACCCUUUACCCAGAGCCUGAGGACGGGCUCAGCACCCUGCAAAAGGUUUAUGUGCUUGGCAGACAGGCUGAAGGUGUACUGCAAUGCUGAGAAGACAAGGACCUUCCUGGGGAUGGAGGUUUCUGCCGGUCACGCUCAGCUGCUGGACCUGGUCCGAGUGGUGGACAGAACUAUGACAGAGUUUGGUCUGGACACGUUCUAUAAGGAUCCGUCUUUCCACGUGAGCCUGGUCUGGUGUGUCGGAGACCAAACCGCACCGCUGCAGGCGUGCAUACAGCGGCUGCAGAGUCUCAUUGAUGACCCCGAUGAGGGACCCUUCCACAUGAGUUUGGACUGCACAGAACUGCGCUGCAGGACAGGAAAUAAAAUCUUCCGCUUCUGUCUGGACUCCUGAAACCUGAUCUUCAAGCAGACGUGUUUGGAAGAACCAGCUGGUCCGGUGAAAGACAGAUUUUUUGUCCUUUUAAAGGAUUUGACAUUUUCCUGCUAAUGUCACGAUUAAGUCAAAAGACUUGACUCUCUGCUGCCCCCUAUGCAUGUGACACUUCAUUUUCAGGUUGCACAAGCAGCUUAAAAUCAAACUGUUGAUCUUUGCCCAAUAUUUUAGCUUCCAUCACUGGUGAUGUGUCUGAUUCUAAAAUACAAGAAGUUUUGGACACUUUGAACUCUCCAAUUACCUCUGCCAGGAAAGUUAUGUACCCAUUUGUUGUUUUUUCAUCAUGAUUUAAAAAAAAAAAAAAAAAAAAAAAAGCUUGUUUUCACAAAAGUUCAUGGGGAGGCUUGAUCAACGGGGGGAGCACAAAAAAGGAAAAUAUUUAUUAUGAGAUCAGCUGUGAGAGUGCAACAUUUUUGUGAAGCUUUUUGGAAAACUCACUGUGAUUGUUGUGUGUGAUGGACUACAUUAUGUUUUGGGGUUGAUCAGAUAAAAGGCGCGGGGUCAAGUUUGAAAUAAUGUCAACCAUGUGAAAUUUGCCAUUUUUGCUAAUUAACCUGUUUUCCAAAAAGUUUGGAAUAAAACCAUAGAAUUUGAAGACUGCUGUGAAGAGAUGUCAAGAUAAUUUUUUUUGUUUUGUUUUUGUAAAACUUGCUUUAAAGAUUACAAGACGGGCUGUUUGGGCCGCGGUGCAGGAACCCUGUCCACUGAGUGCUGCUCCCAUUUGUUUUCAUGUAUAAAUAUCUACAGUGGAUUUA